AUGGAAUAUUUUAAAAAAACUUCACCUGAAAAUUUUCGGUUCCUAGACUUUUACAGGUACCGCCAGAAGCAAGAUGAUUUUACCCGAUCUUUUAGAGAAGAGUCUGGCAUUCUCUGGCGUUGUUUGAAGUCAUUGGUGAAAGAUGGAACACCUCAAGUCAAAGAGAACGCUGUCCGUUUGCAAAAAUCUUUUGAGGCAAGUGUUCAACCCGCUUUAUGGUGGUUUCCCGCCAUGUUUCAUAAUUAUUGUGGAAGUAGGAGUCUCAUUUGCAGUCCUGAGAAGGGGUACAUACUCGCACAACUACGGCAGGGGGUUCAACCUGCCUUAUGGUGGUUUCCCAGACAUCGAACGAAAUUUGAGGACGUUCACAUAUUUUGGCAACAAAUUGAGAAUGAAACGUCGAUUGAUAAUGCUGAGACGGAAGUAGCUUGCAAGUUCAUACGCAGAUCUUCUAGAGUCAUUGAUGUGGCGCUUACCAAUGUCGAGGAGAAGAUGGAAGGAGAAUGUUCUACAAGGAGACUCGGAAAUAGUGCAUCCGAUGAUUAUGAUAUCAAUUUAAGUGAAACUGAAUUUUCUGACAUGGAUUAUGAAGAGAAACAGGAGUCCGAUAAAAGAAAACUGAGUGAAUCCGAUUAUGAACCAAGUAGCAGUCCUAUUUCCUCUGAUUCGGGCAAUGAUCGAAAAAAAAAGCAAAAGAUAAGCAAACAAAAACAACCAAAAACAGUGAGUCAUGAAAGAGAUUAUUGCAGUAGUACCAAUAAGAAUGAUGAUAAUCCAGCGCCUGCAAUAAUGAUGACUGGAGGUGACGUAGAAUCACUUCCUCCACUAUCAUCAUUACUACCCAUUCCUCCGCUUCCAUCGCCAUUAUCACCACCACCCGGUUCUAUAAAUUCUAUACUAAACAAUAUAAUAAUACCAAAAGAUUUACCAACGUUAGUAAAUCAAGAUCAAUUAUCGCUUUCAUUUACAAACCCUAUCAUCCAAACCCCUGGGACUCCACCGCCAAGGCCGAAUGUCAAUAAUAUACAGAUUACUCCUCAAAAGUUGGUGCUUUUUAAGGAAUCCGUUACCUACCUACAAAAUCAUAUAAAGAUAAAUGUAAAUGAUCAAGGAAUGAUCAUAAAAGACAAUCAUACUUCGGAAGAAAUCUCUGGUAUAAUUCGUAAUUGGCUCAUAAUGGCAUUAACGUCACCGAAAGAGGAGUUUGUAAAAGCUAUCAUGACUCCUUUAAGCUCAGAAGCAAGUCCAAAAUAUUGUGAUUUUCGUCAAAUUUGCGAGCUUAUUCUUUAUGAUUUUUAUUUUAUGACAAAGAAGGGUCCUUUAAAAAGAGAUAUUGGUGAGCGUACGUAUAUUGUCGAAAGGAUCGUUCCCCUGUUCAAAUCAAUUCAAUCGGUAUAUAAUGAAUACAAAUUUCAUUGGAUCGAAGUUGAAUUGGAUUGUAUGAGGGAAGUGAAGAAGAUAUUUCCCAAGUUUGAUUUACCUAUAUACCAGGCUGAUGGUCUUGGAGUACGGAAUUCGAGUAAAAAGGAUGUUGUUUUUAUCGAAAUAUUGGGUGGGCCCGAAAAUACAGAUCAAAAAAAAUUAAAAGAAGAUUCAGAAAAGCUUCUGAAAGAAGCUGUAUUCGGACUUGUUUCCCUAUUACGAAAUUAUUUGGAUAAAAGUGUCGAAGAAUCGAAGCAAUUAUACACGUUCAUGAUUCAGGGCAUCGGCGACCGGUUAACGCUCAGUAAAUUAUGCUUAAUAAAUAAGCAUGUUUACAAAGUUUCGCAGAUCAAAUCUGCAACCCUCCCAUUCGAAUUCAUUGAUGUGGCGGAUUAUUUAGCAGUAUUUGAAUUCCUUUAUAUUCUUGUAAGCGAGCUCAAAAUUCAAACGGAGGUAAUUAAUAAAUUAAGGUUAUCUGAAUCGGCUGAUGGCGUAAUUGUACCAAGAAUUCGUGAUUGGAUUUGGCUGCCAGAUUCGAUUUCUGCAUGGGAAUGCAAAGAGAUUCAAA